AGGUGAUUUGACAGCAUGAUCGACACCCACUGUCACCUGGUGGACAACAAGUUCAAAGCGGACAUCGAUGAAGUCGUCGAACGAGCUAUGCAGAAUGGAGUUAGACAUGCGGUCGUGUGCACAGAAUAUGCGAGUCAGUUCGAUAAUGUACUGGCUCUCUACGCAAAACACCCCGAGUUUAUCAUUCCUGCCGUUGGGAUACAUCCUAUUCAGAAGAAGAACAAAUCUGUGAAGACUAGCGACAUAGAGGGCAUGGAAGCAUUUUUAGACGAACACCGUCACGUCAUCAAGUGUAUAGGAGAGAUCGGCUUGGAUUACACACAGUACUACAAAAUAACGCCCGAGAACAUAGUAGUACAGAAAGAAGUCCUCGCAAAGCAAAUCGGAUGGGCCAAGCAGUUUUGCCUGCCUCUAACUGUGCACUCUCGCGCUGCCACCGGAGACACUGUUGAUUUCCUCAUUGAGAAUAGCGCUGAUCGUGUUGCUUUACAUGCUUUUAACGGAUCUCUAGAGGAGGCGUUGCGUGGACUGAAAGCUGGAUUCUAUUUCUCUAUUCCUCCAUCAUUCACUACUGGUGAUCACAAACGUUUCUUGAUUGAUGCGAUACCCAUGGAGAAGUUAUUGCUAGAGACCGAUUCACCAGUUCUGGGUCCAGUAAGAGGAGAAAGGAACGAGCCGGCUAAUGCCAGACUUUCAGCCAACUUUAUUGCUGAGGUGAAAGGCCUAACACUGGAAGAAGUCAUAACAACCACUACUGCAAAUGCCUUGAAGCUACUGGAAUUGCCAAGUUGCUAGCAACAUAACAACAUUGAUACAUGUAUCAUCAGUGAACUCACAGCAAAGUGAACAGUACAUACCAGUAUAGUGACUGAAGAUUAACAAUCUAAGGCAACAAUAAGAACGA